AUGCCCGAGUUAAGUUACGGGCCUUCCAUUGUCAGUGAGCCACGAGCAGCAUGGAACACCACCGACGAUGGCCAAGGCACUGUCCUGCACGCCAGCAACAACAAUAGCGGCAGCAGUGUUUUUUUGCCCAACUCAACGAGCAGCUCAGCCAAGGCGUCCAUUCAAGGCGGCCCCUUGGAGAGCAACUAUACCAGCAACAAUAUCGUCAUGAACAGCGGCGGCAAUGACGAUGGGGAGGUGCAUGUGCGCAAGGAUCCUGCUGAGCCGACUACUGAGGAUGAUAAAUGGAUUUGGGUGCUUGAUCCGCUCACGCGCAAGCUGCGCGUGCCACUCUCGCAGCUUGUACCCACUCAAGCCACAGCGACCACAGGGACUGUGCCUUCCCUUUGCAUCUCAUUUUUGGAGGGGCGUUGUCGUCACCAGUGGUGCAGGCAGGCGCAUGUACUUCCCUGCGCCAUCCCGCAGCUACGCCAUGAGGCGCUACAUGCGCCGACGUGCUGUCGAUUGCACGACGAUCCAAACGACACAUCUGUCCUGACAAGUCGUUUUAAGUACAUUCGCGUUGUGAACAACAACGGCAACAGUAACUCCACGAGUGGGGACAAUGACAAUGACGCAAGCGACUUGAUUCCUACAAAACGUGUGGCUCAAACGGUGGGGCUGCUGCGCUUUAUGGCACACAGUGUGCCUCCGCCAAAGAAGCGGCACAAUUCCCAACCGUUCUCAAAAGAAGAAGGCAACACCCGGCCAGUAGAUGCCGGGGACACUGCGGGGGAAACAGAUACAAACACUGGCAAACCCACAGCCAACGAUACCGACGAUCGAGAGUUAGUCUUGGAUCUUCCUGCUAAACUUAUCUGUCGUCUGCAUCUUUCUCAUCGUUGCCGCUACUUAGAGGACUGCAAUAACAUACACAUCUGCCGCGAGUGUGAGCUGCGGCUUCAGCCCCCGUCACAUAUAAUGGCGGUGUUGUCCACUGUGACUCCUGCAACACGCACCAUCACGGUUGGUGACACAUGCUACGCCACGACGCAGCUCGCUGUGGGUGAGGUCACGGACGGGGAAUUUCGUGCCAUCUGCGAACAGCAGCGACAUGCCGUUUUGCCGCAGUCUUGGAGUGAAUCCCAGAGUGUGGCUCCGCACAAGAGCCCAUUGAUCUGUGGCGGCAGUGCGGCGUCAUCGCUUGUAGGCGGCAGUGCGUCAUCACCGAUGUUUGCUGCAGGGAAAAUAACAGCGGAGAGCAAAGUUACUAACAACACCAAUGCCACAAACAGCGCCGCAAACAGCUGCCGUAUGCUUUUUCCUGGAAUCGCAGCAAACGGGCAGAGUGGCGCGGACUCGCCUAUUGCUGCAGGUGCCCUUCUUCAAGGGGGGCAGUCACACGCAAUUUUGCAGCCUGUGACACGCGCGCUGCGCAUCUACGACGUGCGUUUUAAGGCCAACCAAACCAACGCAUCCAACAACAUCCUGGGCGGCUCCAGCACCAAUGCUGUCAAAAACAACAUGGGCGGCUGCGGUGCGAAAAACCACGGCAAUAGCAGCGGUGGUGGCAACAACAACAACAACAACAACAACAACAACAGUGGAGCCGUGGUCAAGCAUAAUGGCAGUGGCGGCAACGGUGGUGUGCGGGGCGCGGGCGGCAACGGCAGUCAUUACCCUCACGGCCACCAUCAUGCUGGCAGGCACGCGGCAGUGAAGGGCACAAUUAGUUAG